CGUAAUUAUCGGUAACGAUAUGGCGAGAAAUUAAUGUUUCAUAUAGCAAAUCUUCAGAUUAAUUUUUUCAAGUGUAAAUAAGAUAAACUAUCGAUCGAAAAUCUCAGUGUAGAAAUGCUCUUAAUGUGUCUAGGAAAAAAAUCGAUGCUGCUUUUCUGGUUUUUAUGCAGACGUGAAAGAUACAUGAUAUUUCUCACAGCAGUUCAAUACCGACUAAUCCUCCGAAUAUACAUAUUAUAGUCUUGCGGUAUGGCUGGAGCAAGACGCAAGACGAACCACAUGAACAGAUUUGUUAAUGAAGACAGUCAGCGCAAAAAUUGGGAGGAGCACUACUGUUUGGAAGAAUAUAACAAUUAUCAUGAACAUCCUGAAGAAGUUCGUCAAAAUUUUUCAAAAUGUGUUGUUUUUCGUGGUAAACACGUGAAACCAAAUAGCAACCGUCCCAAUACAUACAAAAAAGGUCAUCUGAAAAAGUGCAUCAUUUUUACAUGCUGUGUCGUACUAAUAAUACUAACGCUCGUACUUGUUUAUGUUUUCAACCACCAAAAAAUAAAGGAUAAAAAACAGUUAUUAUCCCAACACACCGAUACCGAUACUUCAGAUACAAAAGUAUGUGAUCACAUCGAAGUGGAGGAUGUGUGGAUCACUGCUUUACCUAAAUUGUUGACAGAAUCGGCAUUUAGAUUGUUAGAUGUCAAUCAAGAUGGUAUACUCGAUAUAAUAUUUGGUUUUGCAACGGGAGUAGAUGGCUAUUCGAUACCUAGAGUUGUUUGUGAUAUUUAUUUCAACUCCACAUACCCAUGCUUUGGAGGAAUCAUGGCUCUGGAUGGCAGGAAUGGACAAGAAUUAUGGAGGCACUAUUCUGAUCAUGAAUUAUUUGGAAUUAAUUGCAAUGCUGACCUAAAUCUGGAUGGUUUAAACGACUGUCUCGGAGGAGGAAGAGCAGGGGCCUUUGAUGCUGUGAAUGGUCGUACUGGAGAAUUAUUAUGGAAGUUUGAAGACACAGAAGCCAAGAAUAGACUUAUGAAUCUGUAUACAGCACAUAUUAUUGAUGAUUUAGACGGAGACACGGUGGUAGAUAUACUAGUAAUUCACGGUGGUGACCCAUUAAGCGAACCAGGAAGCAAACAUCGCCUAUCGGGUCGAAUUAUCUUCUUCAGUGGAAAAUCUGGAAAAGUUCUCAGCUGGUCAGGCGUGCCGGAUGAGAAAGAGUCCUACUAUUCUCCACAGAUCAUUACGAGAGCGGACGGAACGAAGCUUGUUUUGUUUGGAACUGGUGGAGAGACACACGGCGGGGGACUCUGGGUCAUCAACAUCAAUGAUUUGUAUUAUCGGCGAAUGGAUAAAGCAAUUUGUAUUUUUUCCGAUGCUAAGAAAGGCGUUAUGACACCCCCUGUCCUACUGGAUCUCAAUGAAGAUGGUGCGGAGGACAUUGUCAUGUCCAUGUUCAAUUCCCAUGUAAUUGCAUUUGAUGGAAAAACUUUAGAUCAGUUGUGGAAUUUUUCUGUUCCCUCGUCCGAAUCGUACAAUACACCAGCACCAGGUUAUUAUAACAACGACAACAUACCUGAUUUUUUGAUUAAAUAUGCCCAUGGACCCGGUUUCCCUAUCUAUUACUACUCAGAGACGACAAUUCUGGACGGUAGAGAUGGCAAGAGUUUAUUAAGAUCUCCUCUUUUGGAUACAAUGGGAGCGCAGUCGUCCCCCCUGACGAUCAGUAUGGAAGGAUAUGGAAAUGACGUGUACUUGUACUGGAUUUCCGACUGUGAACAUCAUGAGGGACAAGGGGGAACAUACAAAUUUGUAAAAGAUACCAACGUUCAUGAACAGAGUAGAUCAGAUAUUUGUCGUCUACGUUUUAAGUCUCGAGGAUUUACUAAACUGAUGGCAAAGAAUCAACACAUGGACUCACAAGGAAUUCCUAUUUACUAUUCCGGAGACAGAAAGCACGUAGAACACGAACAUUGGAUAAAUACCACUACAGAAUCCAUUCUUUACAUCAAAACCCAUCCAGAUGUGUACUACAGUUUCCUGAAAUACCAACAAAUGGGAGAAAAUAUAAACAGCAUUAAAGAGAAAAAGGUUACAAAAAACUACAAAAUCAAAGAUGAAAUGCAACCCUCUGAAAACAUUUUGCAUCCCUCAACAAGUGGCAAACUGAGGAAGGGGAUAGAUAUCGAUAAGCGUCAUAUCAUCAUGAAUGACAACCAUAAUAUUCAGAAUAAUCGUGAAAAGGGUGAACACAGCAGGAAAUACUACCACAAAUCAGCACACAAUUCAUAUAGGAAGCAAAGAAAAAUCAAACGGCAUGUCGGUCCUCAUGACGACGAUGGGAUUCAGCGAUUACUAUCCACCGGAACUUUGGCUCCAUCUAUGCUUGUUUCUACACAUCCAAAUUACAAUCAUUCAAUCGAUGUACUGUUCGCUACAUACUGGUUCUUUCCCGCUAAGACAAAGGCUAUCCUUCCAGAGGAUGAAAAAUGUAUAAGGCAAAAAAUGGAAGAUGAAAAAUAUCGUUUUGAUCCAAAAAACAAAUACUACGGUCUAGACCAUGAUGGUUAUGAGCAUGCUAUUACAGACGAGUGUCUACAUAAAAGUGGCCAUGAACUACCUGAGGAUGAAACGUACGAAUCCCAGUCUACAUAUAAUCCCUACAAUGUACACAUGGGUCAAAUGACAGUUUACAGAUUGAGGCUGACGAUAACAUGCAAGGAAUGUGAUCAAAAUAGAGAAUGUUCCCGCGUCUUACCUUUUGAAAAGCAGCGAUGGACAUCGUAUAUGGGGAACGAAGGUGACAGUCACUGGAAGAAGACUACAACAGGAAACUAAACACAUACAUACAUACAUACACAUAUUGCAUGUGUAUAUCAAGAUAUAGAGCUCACGACAGGUGUGACCGGUCGACAGGGGAUGCUUACUCCUAGGCACCUGAUCCCAUCUCUGGUGUGUCCAGGAGUCCGUGUUUGCCCAACUCUCUAUUUUGUAUUCCUUGCAGGGGUUAUGAGAUUGAUCACUGUUCGUUAUCUUCACCAUUUAUACAAACAUACUCUCUCAAUUACCAUCACAUAUACCCACUGAAUUCGUUGUGUGACAGUCACUGGAAGAAGACUACAACAAGAAACUAAACACACACUUACAUAGUGUAUAUGUAUAUUCAUAUUAUACUUUAUACGUAAUCACCAUCACAUAUACUCACUAAAUUCGUUGCAAGUGGAUAAUAAAUAUAAAACUUACACUGAACAAUGUCCAUCAGAACGUUUACCAGAACAUUGAUGUGUUUAUUCAUUUAUUUAAACAAUCAUAUUAAGUUUGUGCACAAUUUUCGACCAACGCGGAAAAAUGCCCAAUUAAAAAUGGUUGCCU